CUAAGGAGCAGUUACUGGCCCUUCCCCGCCUUCUUCGCCCUCCUCCCAGUAGCUCCAGACUGAAGCGCUACGGGCCUGGGGCUACCGGUGAUAAACUAAUCUACUGCAAAACAUGGCUGCUACUCAUACUUUCUUUCUGGGAAUUAUACUUUUAUUAUGCUGGUCCUCGAUUGGAGAAGCUGAAUAUAUGAAGUACAAAGAUCCUAAGCAACCAGUUGGUGUUCGAAUCAAGGACUUAAUGCAACGGAUGACCUUAGCGGAGAAAAUAGGCCAAAUGGCACAGAUUGAGCGAAAGGUUGCAACAAUGAAUGUCAUGAAAGAUUACUUUAUAGGUAGUGUUUUAAGCGGCGGGGGCAGUGUGCCGGCUCCAAAGGCAUCGGCUAAGGAUUGGAUAGACAUGAUAAAUGCCAUCCAAAAGGGUGCUUUGUCGACACGGCUGGGAAUUCCAAUGUUAUAUGCUAUUGAUGCUGUUCAUGGCAAUAAUAAUGUCUACAAUGCAACCAUAUUCCCUCACAAUAUUGGACUUGGUGCAACUAGGGAUCCUGAUCUUGUGAAACGAGUUGGUGCUGCAACUGCUCUUGAGGUUAGGGCAACUGGCAUACCGUAUGCCUUUGCUCCAUGUAUUGCGGUUUGCAGAGAUCCAAGGUGGGGUAGGUGCUAUGAAAGCUAUAGUGAAGACCACAAUAUUGUACAAGCAAUGACUUCAAUAAUAUCUGGUUUACAAGGAGAUCUCCCAGCAAAUCAUAGAAAGGGCACUCCAUAUGUUGGUGGAAAAGAUAAGGUUUUGGCUUGUGCAAAGCAUUUUGUCGGCGAUGGAGGAACACACGAGGGAAUUGAUGAGAACAAUACCAUUAUCGAUCGCCAUGGAUUGUUCAGUAUCCACAUGCCUGCUUACUACAACUCCAUUAACGACGGAGUUUCCACCAUCAUGGUAUCUUAUUCAAGCUGGAAUGGUGAAAAAAUGCAUGCUAACCGGGAAUUGAUCACCGGUUUCCUAAAGAACACGCUUCAUUUCAAGGGCCUUGUUAUCUCAGAUUGGGAGGGCAUUGAUAGAAUAACUAGUCCUCCUGGUGCAAACUACACCUAUUCUGUGCAAGCUGGAGUUAAUGCUGGAAUUGAUAUGGUGAUGGUUCCUUAUGACUUCACUUCGUUCAUCGACAACCUCACUACCCUCAUCAAUGACAAUGUCGUCCCCAUGAGCAGAAUAAACGAUGCUGUGAGAAGGAUUCUCCAAUUAAAAUUCUCCCUUGGCCUAUUCGAGAAUCCUUACGCCGAUCUUAGCUUCGCCGAUCAACUUGGAAAGAAGGAGCACCGGGAAUUGGCGAGGGAAGCUGUGAGGAAAUCUCUUGUGCUGCUGAAAAAUGGCAAAUCAUCAAAAGAGCAAAUUCUGCCGCUGCCGAAGAGAGCUCAUACAAUCCUUGUUGCUGGUAGCCAUGCCGACAACUUGGGUUAUCAGUGUGGUGGGUGGACAAUAGAAUGGCAAGGAGGUAGUGGAAGAAUCACUGCUGGCACAACAAUCCUAGAUGCCAUUAAAUCGACAGUUGACCCUGCAACAAAUGUCAUCUUCUCUGAAAACCCAGAUGCUGCCUUUCUGCAGAGCAACAAUGUCUCCUAUGCCAUUGUUGUCGUGGGGGAGACUCCCUACACCGAAACUGCCGGAGACAGCCUCAACCUGACGAUACCAGAGCCCGGUCCGAGCACCAUCCAGACCGUCUGCAAAGCUACAAAGUGCAUUGUUGUCCUCAUCUCUGGCAGGCCCGUCGUGAUAGAGCCAUAUGUUCCGGUCAUGGACGCGCUCGUUGCAGCCUGGUUGCCAGGCUCCGAAGGACAGGGAGUAGCUGAUGUCUUGUUUGGAGACUAUGGAUUUACAGGGAAGCUUCCCAGAACUUGGUUCAAGUCUGUAGACCAGCUGCCUAUGAACGUUGGAGAUGAGCAUUAUGACCCAUUGUUUCCCUUUGGUUUUGGAUUGGUUACAGAGGCUGGAAGAGCUUAGGAUUUAUAGGUACAUCGUCUCUGUUAUCAGGUUUUGAUGAUAUCUGUAUUGAAUGUGUAUUUGUGAUGGUGUGUUUUCAGGGAAUGGCUUGAAUAAUUGAAUGGAGUGAGGGAUUGGAAUGAAAUUCAGGCAAAGUUUGUGGUUUGAUUUGAGAAAUGAUAUUGACAAAAAAUAAUUUAGGGAAGAUUUACA